AUGUUUCACCAGUUCUUUAUUCUUGUUGUUGUUCUGAAAGGGGCGUUUUGCGUUCAGCCGGAAGCGCCACCGCCGAAAGCGGCUCCCCUGCGUGACCUGCCAUGGGCCCAACUCAACUUCUUGCACACCACCGACAUUCACGGCUGGUGGGGAGGUCAUCUGCAAGAAGCAUCCUAUUCGUCAGACUGGGGUGAUUAUGUCUCCUUUGCUAAACACAUGCGCGAAAAAGCAGAUGCGGAUAGAUCCGAUAUGUUGCUCGUCGAUACCGGAGACCGAGUAGAGGGCAAUGCAAUCUACGACUCCUCAAAACCUCGGGGAAAGUUCACAUAUGAGAUUGCCAAGGAGCAAAAAAUUGACCUUAUUUGCUCUGGCAACCAUGAGCUUUACAAAGCUAAUACCGCUGAAGGGGAAUUCUUCCACACUGUUCCCGACUUCAAGGGUAAUUAUAUAGCUUCGAACCUCGAUAUUUACAAUCCAAAAACCGGAAAAUUGGAGCCUCUUGCCCAAAGAUUCAAGAAAUUCACCACCAAGAAUCAAGGGAUCCGCAUCCUGGCCUUUGGCUUUUUAUUUGAUUUUACAGGCAAUGCCAACAACAGCGUCGUGCAAAGAGUUGAGGACACUGUGAAAGAAGAAUGGUUUACGGAGGCUCUCAAGGAUCAAGACGUCGAUCUUAUUCUCGUAUUUGGUCAUGUUGAUAUCCGCUCCACAGAGUAUGCGCUGCUGUUCUCUACUAUCCGUGCUUUGCACUGGGACACUCCCAUUCAGUUCUUUGGAGGACAUACCCAUAUCCGUGACUACAAGAUCUUCGACAGUAAGUCGGUAGCUCUCGAGAGCGGUCGGUACAUGGAAACCAUCGGAUUCAUGUCUAUUGCUGGACUCAGCACUGGAGGGACAAAAGACGCAGCACCUGUGCCUCAAAGCUCAGCGCUCACCUUUUCUCGUCGCUAUAUUGACAACAACCUAUUCUCCAUGCACCACCAUACUGGAAAGGACGAUCAGACUUUCCCGACCGAGCACGGCAAGAAAGUAUCAGAAGCCAUUGGCGAUGCCAGAGAAUCUCUCGGCCUCGGCAAGGUAUACGGUUGCACACCACAGGAUCUAUGGAUCAGUCGAAGACCAUACCCCCACAAUGAGAGUAUCUUUACCUGGAUCGAGGAACAGCUCUUACCCCAGUCAAUCGAGAAAUCCGACCGCAUCCGCGACGGGGGCAAAGCACUGGUUCUCACAAACACGGGCGCCAUCCGCUUCGACAUUUUCAAGGGGCCCUUCACCAAAGAUACCAAAUUCCUCGUCUCGCCGUUUACUAGCGCAAUCCGAUACAUCAAAGAUGUACCAUACAAAGCAGCAAGCCAAGUAAUAAAACUUCUCAACAACGAGGGACCAAUCCUAUUGGAAAUGAUGGAAAGCAGAGAAUUCCUCCAACCUCCAGAAGCCUUCGCAGCAAAGUCUAGGCCACACAUGCUUCAGGUACUUGAGACUGCUUUUGCGAAACCCGAGCACGGCCAGGCACCUCUCAGCAGUACCAGUGAAGACGAACCAAAGCCCUUCCCAGGUUACACGACAAAAGAUGACGCUGGUACAGAUGGUGAUGACACAAUCCACGAGCCGAUUGCCUUUUACAGUGUACCAAACUGUAUCCAAUCAGCUGUUGGAUUCGAUCCUGCGAGCAGCAACGAUCAGGAGCCUGAGACUGUGGAUCUCAUGUAUAACCAGUUCAUUGAGAAGUGGGUUUUGUUGGCGUUGGAAUAUUUAGGUGAGAAGCAUAGUGUGGAUGAUACGUUGGAAUAUGAUGAUGGGAAGAGCUUUACGGAUAUCAUGACGGAAUGGGUUGAGGAACAUUGGGGUGGGGAUGCAGGCAAGUGUGAUGAGUGA